AUGGCUGGUUCUGUGAUCCUGGAGAGUCCCGUCCUUCCUCUGAUGGAGGGAGAUGCUGCAACUCUGCACUGUAGAAAGAAGACAACUUCCUCCUACUUCACAGCAGAUUUUUAUAAAGAUGGUGUCCUAGUCAGGAGCAGCUCCACAGGAAACAUGACCAUCCACAGUGUUUCAAAGUCUGAUGAAGGACUCUACAAGUGUAACAUCUCUGGAGCUGGAGAAUCACCAGAGAGCCGGCUGACUGUCAGAGUUGGUUCUGUGAUCCUGGAGAGUCCCGCUCAUCCUGUGAUGGAGGCAGAUGAUGUGACUCUGCGCUGCAGGAAGAAGAACACUGCUUUAAGCCACAUAGCUGAUUUCUAUAAACAUGGCCUCCACUUUGGAACUGGCUAUAAAGGAGACAUGACCAUCCACAGUGUUUCCAAGUCUGAUGAAGGACCCUACAAGUGCAGCAUCUCUGGAGCUGGAGAAUCAGCAGAGAGCUGGCUGACUGUCAGAGCUGUUACUGUGAUCCUGGAGAGUCCUGUCCUUCCUGUGAUUGAGGGAGAAGCUGUAACUCUACACUGUAGAAACAAGACGACCUCCGCCACCUUCACAGCUGACUUUUAUAAAGAUGGCCUCUUCAUGAGGAGCAGCUCUACAGGAAACAUGACCAUCAACAGUGUUUCCAAGUCUGACGAAGGCCUCUACAAGUGUAACAUCUCUGGAGGUGGCGAAUCAACAGAGAGCCGGCUGGCUGUCAGAGAUCAACUUCCUAUUCUCCUCUAUCUGUUCAUAAGGACUGUUGCCACCAUUUUGUGGGUGGCUCUGCUGCUGUUGGUGUUGAGAAAACAUUACUUUGGCGAAGACAGAGCUGACUGA